AUGUUUCGCAACAUUAUCGCCUCCAACACGCGCGUUUGUACUGUCUCAUAUACCCGUUCUAUCCAUGCCACGCCCGCCGCUGGCACGGUCGCCGAGAAAGCGUCCGAGGUAGCUGACAAGGUCAAUAAGAAAGUUGGUCAAGGUCUUGCAUCGGCCAUUGAGACGGGCGAGAAAGCAGCGGGGAAAACCAAGGAGACACUCGGCAAGUAA